AUGAGCACUGUAGACUCCUACGGGCCUGCAUCUCAAACUUUGACUUUUUUAGACACUGAAGAAGCUGAUUUCGGUGCGGACACACAAGGAAGCGAGUACGAAUUUCACGACUUUACAGUACCUUCGCAAACCCAAACCCAAUCUCAAGCUUCACAACCUGAACCGAGCCAACCUUUGGUCAAUGGCAACGUCGCAGACAAAAAAGAAGAUCUAGCUAACGGCCCAACAACAGGAAACGAAGAAGCUAAGGUGGAUGGUACCGUUUCUAAGGUUAGCAACUCUUUGGGGGAGCUUAACUUUGAAGAAGAUGAGGACGAGACUUUUUACUCGAAGGAUCUUCCAGCCUUCGCUUGCAGGUAUUGUGGAGUUCAUGACCCAGCAUCUGUUGUGCAGUGCAUUCAGUGCAAGAAGUGGUUCUGUAAUGGGCGAGGAAACACUGCAGGCAGUCAUAUUGUAAACCACCUUGUAAGAGCCAAGCACAAAGAGGUUACACUUCACAAAGAUGGUCCUUUGGGGGAGACAAUCUUGGAAUGCUACAACUGUGGCUGCCGCAAUGUCUUCUUGUUGGGAUUUAUUCCUGCCAAGGCUGAUUCAGUUGUGGUGUUACUGUGCAGACAACCCUGUGCUACACAGAGUAACUCCAAGGACAUGAACUGGGACCAGGCACAGUGGCAGCCUCUGAUUAAUGAUAGGUGCUUCUUGUCCUGGCUUGUUAAAGUUCCACCUGAUGAGGAUCAGCUGCGAGCCAGACAGAUCUCUGCACAACAGAUUAACAAGCUCGAAGAACUGUGGAAGGAUAAUCCUGAAGCUAAGUUAGAAGAUUUGGAUAAACCAGGAGUUGAUGAUGAACCACAACAAGUUCUUCUCAGGUAUGAGGAUGCCUACCAAUAUCAAAACAUCUUUGGCCCACUGGUUAAACUGGAAGCAGAUUAUGACAAGAAGCUGAAAGAGUCUCAGACUCAAGAUAACAUUGUUGUUCGUUGGGACAUUGGUCUCAACAAGAAAAGGAUUGCAUACUUCUCCUUUCCCAAGACAAAUGAUGACAUGAGAUUGAUGCCUGGUGAUGAACUCCGCCUGCGAUAUGUUGGGGAAUUACACAAACCUUGGCAGGGUGUUGGUCAUGUGAUCAAAGUGCCGAACAACUUUGGUGAGGAAGUGGGGAUUGAGUUGCGCAGCAAUCUGGGUGCCCCAGUUGAAUGUACUCAUAACUUUGUUGUGGACUUUGUGUGGAAAUCAACCUCAUUUGACAGAAUGCAAACAGGAAUGAAGACCUUUGCUGUGGAUGAAACAUCAGUCAGUGGCUACAUCUACCACAAGCUGCUGGGUCAUGAGGUGGAAGAACAGGUUGUCAAAUGCCAGCUGCCUAAGAGGUUUUCAGCCCAAGGUCUGCCAGAACUGAACCAUUCACAAGUGUAUGCUGUCAAGACUGUCUUACAAAGACCACUUAGUCUUAUCCAGGGACCCCCGGGUACCGGAAAAACAGUCACAUCAGCCAGUGUUGUUUAUCACCUAGCCAAGCAAAACAAUGGUCAAGUUCUUGUCUGUGCUCCAAGUAACAUUGCAGUGGACCAGUUGACAGAGAAAAUCCACAAGACAGGACUCAAGGUUGUGAGACUGUGUGCCAAGAGUAGAGAGGCUAUUGACUCUCCUGUGGCAUUCCUUGCACUGCACAAUCAAGUGCGUAACAUGGACAGUGUUCCUGAACUCCAAAAGCUGCAGCAGCUCAAAGAUGAGCAGGGUGAGCUGUCUGCCGCUGAUGAGAAGAGGUACCGAUCUCUGAAGAGAAAUUGUGAACGUGAGCUUCUCCAGCAUGCAGAUGUGAUUUGUACCACUUGUGUUGGUGCUGGUGACCCUCGCCUGUCCAAGUUCAGAUUCCGUACUGUGCUGAUUGAUGAGUCAACCCAGGCCACUGAACCAGAGUGUAUGGUGCCUGUUGUUCUUGGCUGCAAACAGCUCAUCCUUGUUGGUGAUCAUUGUCAGCUUGGUCCUGUUGUGAUGUGCAAGAAAGCAGCAAAUGCUGGUCUGUCUCAGUCUUUGUUUGAACGUCUGGUGGUUCUUGGGAUCCGUCCUAUUCGUCUCCAAGUCCAGUAUCGUAUGCACCCUUCCCUGAGCGAGUUCCCAUCCAAUCUGUUUUAUGACGGAACUCUUCAGAAUGGAGUCACUGUUGCUGAACGCCAGCAGACCGGGAUUGACUUCCCUUGGCCUGUUCCCGAUAAGCCAAUGUUCUUUUAUGCCACCAUGGGUCAGGAGGAAAUCGCUUCCUCGGGAACAUCUUACCUCAACAGGACUGAAGCUGCAAACGUGGAGAAGAUUGCCACUCGAUUUCUCCGUGCUGGCGUGAAACCAGAGCAGAUUGGAGUGAUAACUCCGUAUGAGGGUCAGAGAGCUUACAUCGUACAGUACAUGCAGUUUAGUGGCUCUCUUCAUGCCAAUCUUUAUCUGGAAAUCGAGGUAGCCAGUGUCGAUGCAUUCCAGGGCCGGGAGAAGGACUACAUUAUCCUGUCCUGUGUACGCUCCAACGAACAUCAGGGAAUUGGUUUCUUGAAUGAUCCGAGACGUCUGAACGUGGCUUUGACCCGAGCAAAAUAUGGAAUCAUUGUCAUUGGCAACCCCAAGAUCCUAUCCAGGCAACCUCUGUGGAACCAUCUGUUGAAUUACUACAAAGAAAAUAAGGCUUUGAUGGAAGGACCCCUGAACAAUUUAAAGGAAAGCAUGAUUCAGUUUAGCAAGCCAAGGAAACUUGUUAACCGUACAAAUCCGGGUGGCCGUUUCAUGAGCAGCACGAUGUUCGACGCCCGUGAAGCGCUGAUCCGCGGUAGUGUGUAUGACCGUCAGAUACCUCAGGCACCCAUGGAUCCUGCAGCCUUCCAUGACACUUACUUCCACACGCAUGACCGGCUCAGUUACAUCGGAGCCGAGCGAACCAUUCCACCCGCUGCUGCAGCAAGGAUCCCGGUACCCGUGGGGAUGUUUAUUCCUCCGGUGCCUCCCCCACACCACUCCUACUUUGGGCAGCCUCUUGCCGGUCGAAUGCCUCAUGGCCGACCAGUUCAGCAGCCUCGGCAGCGAAAUCAGCGCAACCAUCAUCACCAGCAACCAAUGGCGUAUGCUCCUCACAUGCCAGCCAGCCAGGCCAGUCAGGAUGCUUCCCAGCCUCUGUCCCAGGGCCCACUCACUCAGGGUGGCAUGUCCAUGAGUCAGCCCAUGGCCUCACAGCCAUUGUCGCAGCCGGACCUAUCUCAGGAUAGUUACCUUGGAGACGACUUCAACCUGAAAUCCCAGGCAGAUGCUGUGUUGUCACAGGAUUCUACCUACCAAGGGGAGAGGGGAGGCUACAUGAACUCCUUACCAGACUACUCCCAACCAAACUAUGCCUCUCAGUACUGAAGUACUAGCCUACCGGCUGUGAAGGGGGCACGUCGUCACCUGGCAGCCGUCGUCAAGGCAACCAGAAGGUAACACCUUGCUUAAGCCACACCCUUGAUUGUCCCCACACUGAGGGUGUGGUGCUGACUAAAACCUUGAAGAAAAAAGAGAGGAGAGAGUGGAACGAGAAGAGAGGAGAAAAAUUUCACCCGCAUUUACAAACGACGGGUCUCAACGGUUUUGACGCCGCGAACAGAAAAAAAAUGAAGUUUUUUUUUUGGAACUUUGACUUGGUGGUUUUUAGACGGUUCUUGACCUGACGAGCAAAGCUUCGCUAGUUUUAUAGAAGAAAAAAGACAUUGGUAGGGUGCCGUGAAACGACAAGAAAGAACCAGCUUUAUAAUUUACCUCGACGUGAUUGUGGACAGUUGGUCGUAACACAGCAGACAGCCCAGAUCUUUCACUUUUCUUGAGCUCCCUGUCACACAGUAGACCCCACAGCUAGCUUGCUUACUAUUGACGUUUCUUUCAUCACUGAUAUUCACAAAAGCAAGACGAACUUGCUUCCAAAUAAUUAAAUGCAAGAUCUUGGUAAAGAUUAACAGAUUCUCCUAUGAAGUUUUUGUUAUGGAUUUUUAUCGGAAAUCUCUUUCCCCAAUUUGAAACUAAACAUUCCAAGCAAGACAUCUGUAACAAAGGUUGUGGACGAACUGUUUGAGUUCUACAACGUGAUGUCCACUUUAUCUUCGAAGUGAGACGUUUCGUAAACUUAAACCUCGGUUACGAGAAAAAUCAGUUUAAUGUUGCUUGGUUGAUAAGCCUCAUCUUAUUUAAACUUACUGCAAAGACCUUUCCUUUAAUGACUAUUUGCUUUAGUUCUAGUGACUAAACUAUGGUUACGUUAGAACUUCCAACCUCUUUUAGCUUCUAAAAUAAGCGCAAGACAUUCCUUAAAGCUGCCGCUGGUUUUAGAGGACAGAACUGAGGACAAAACAGACGUGUUUUGGAUAGAAUGUUGCCCAUAAAUUUGUCUCUGUCUCCAAAAGGGAACAAGUUUUUAAGAAGUCAGGAAACGAUGGGUGUGCGUCCCGUGAAGUUUUUUUUUGAAGCAGGGUGUACGGAAGUGCAUCUUGUUUCGUAUUUGUUGUUAUUUUGUUGUAAGCUUUUGAAUAAUGUUAGAGUUAUUGGUGUUUUCAUUGAUCCUAUAAUCCACUUCCUAGUUCAAUCCGUGGUUGAUGUUCUCUUAGGGCUAAGUGUGUGAUACAUUAUUACUUUUAUUUUUAGUACUGUUAUUACAAACCUUUUUGGCAGAUGCGUUUGAUGUGAGUUCAAAGUUGUAGUGCAUUCUCUUGUGAGUGAUUGAAGGAAAUUUUUGUAAUUUAGUCAGGUCGUGAAGUUAGCUUUGGUGUUUUCGCACUCAUGAUAAUAGGAACAUUCUUUGUUUCAAAAUAUACUUGGUGUGUUUA